GAUCACGCCGUCCAGACGACCUGCCGCGGGAUCCUGUUCGUAGACGUCAAUUUCUGUGGUGGAAAUUUUGCAAUAAAGGCAGAUGAGAGAGAGUUGUCCUUUUGUGCGAUUUAUUGAAAUAAUAAAGAAAAUAACAAGUAAUGAGGAAAGCAAAUAAAAAGCCAGCUGGGGAGAUCAGAACAUACACCACGGAGGUAUAAUGCAAAGAUCACCCCGUUCUGAGGUUGCCUCUGCCUUUUAACCUCUCUCCCGGGACCUGGUGGAAUCUUCCUAUCACACUGUGGGUGAAGAUGUUUACAUUACACAGGGAAUACACAAGGUCUACAGCCUUGGGUCUGGUGGGGCAUCAGAUAGAAAGGAGCCAGAGACCAGGGGCAAAAGGCAGACACAAGCCAUAAACAAUCGGUCAGUCAAACACAACAUUAGAUGUCAGCACUUAAUGUGCGACAGAACCUUGAGAGGAAGAUAGAUUGUUUGUCUAAUAAUGUUCAGUUCUGGGUCUAAUCAACAAGUACAGAAUGCAUGGUUAUUGUACAGAGUCAGAAAUGAACACAAGAGCAUUAAAGUACAAUUUUUCCAUUACACCAGCCACCCUGCGGAGGAAGCUAAUUUCAGCCGCUUGUAUCCGUGACCUUGCCCUUUCGGUAAUGACCCAAAGCUCAUGACCAUAGGUGAGGGUAGGAACGUAGAUUGACCGGUAAAUUGAGAGCUUUGCCUUUUGGCUCAGCUCCCUCUUCACCACGACGGACCGAUACACCGACCGCAUUACUGCAGCCGCCGCACCGAUCCGUCUGUCAAACUCACGCCCUUCCUUCCCUCACUCGUGAACAAGACCCCAAGAUACUUAAACUCCUCCACUUGGGGCAGGAACUCUCCUCCAACCUGGAGAGAGCAAACCAACUUUUUCCGGUCGAGAACCAUGGCCUCAGAUUUGGAGGAACUGAUUCUCAUCCCAGCCGCUUCACACUCAGCUGCAAACCGCACCAGCGCACGCUGGAGGUCCUGGCCUGAUGAAGCCAACAGGAGAACAUCAUCUGCAAAAAGCAGAGAUACUAUCCUGUGGUCCCCAAACCAGACCCCCUCAGGCCCCUGGCUGCGCCUAGAAAUUCUGUCCAUAAAAAUAAUGAACAGAACCGGUGACAAAGAGCAGCCCUGUCGAAGUCCAACAUGCACCGGGAACAGGUCUGACUUAUUGUUGGCAAUGCGAACCAAGCUCAGGCUCCAGUUGUAAAGAGACCGAACAGCCCUUAGCAAAGGGCCCUGGACUCCAUACUCCCGAAGCACCCCCCACAGGAUGUCACGAGGGACGCGGUCGAAUGCCUUCUCCAGAUCCACAAAGCACAUGUAGACUGGUUGGGCAAACUCCCACAAACCCUCAUGCACCCUGCUGAGGGUAUAAAGCUGGUCCAGCGUUCCACGACCAGGCCGAAAACCACAUUGUUCCUCCUGUAUCCGAGGUUCGACUAUCGGACGAAUUCUCCUCUCCAGUACCCUGGCAUAGACUUUCCCAGGGAGGCUGAGAAGUGUGAUCCCCCUAUAGUUGGAACACACUCUCCUGUCCCCCUUUUUGUGAAGAGGGACAACCACCCCGGUUUUCCAGUCAAGAGGAACUGUCCCCCUCGUCCACGCGAUGUUUCAGAGGCGUGUCACCCAGACAGCCCCACAACAUCCAGAGACUUGAGGUACUCAGGAAGGAUCUCAUCCACCCCCGCUGCUCUGCCUCCGAGGAGCUUACUAACUACCUCAGUGACCUCAGCCUGGGUUAUGGGCGAGUCCGCCUCUGAGUCCCCUGCCUCUGCUUCCUCAGCAGAAGGCAUGUCGAAGUGGUUGAGGAGAUCCUCAAAGUACUCCUUUCACCAUCCAAUAACAUCCCUAGUUGAGGUCAACAGCUCCCCACCUCCACUGAAAACAGAGUUGGUAAAGAACUGCUUCCCCCUCCUGAGGCGCCGAACAGUUUGCCAGAAUCUCUUUGAGGCCGAGCGAUAGUCCCCCUCCAUGGCCUCCCCGAACUCCUCCCAAGCCCGAGUUUUUGCCUCUGCAACGGCACAGGCUGCAGCACGCUAGGCCUGCCGGUACCCAUCAGCUGCCUCAGGAGUCCCACAGGUCAACCAGACCUGGUAGGACUCCUUCUUCAGCUUGAUGGCGUCUUUUAACUCCAGCAUCCACCACCGGGUUCAGGGAUUACCACCACGACAGGCACUGGAGACCCUGCGUCCACAGCUCCGAACGGCCGCGUUGACGAUGGAGACGGAGAACAUGGUCCACUCGGACUCUAUGUCUUCAACCUCCCUCGGAAUCUGGUCGAAGCUCUCCCGGAAGUGUGAGUUAAAGGUCCGUCUGACAGAGGGUUCAGCCAGGCGUUCCCAACAGACCCUCACAAUACGUUUGGGCCUGCCAAGUCGUUCCAGCCUCCUUCCCUGCCAGCGGAUCCUACUCUCUACCAGGUGGUGAUCAGUUGACAGCUGAGCCCCUCUCUUCACCCGAGUGUCCAAAACAUAUGGCCGAAGGUCAGGUGAAACGACUACAAAGUCUAUCAUCGACCUCCGGCCUAGGGUGUCCUGGUGCCAUGUGCACCGAUGGACACCCUUAUGUUCUAACAUGGUGUUUGGUAUGGCCAAACUGUGCCUAGCUCAGAAGUCCAAUAACAUCACCAUUAGGGUUCAGAUCAGGGAGGCCGUUCCUCCCAAACAUGCGUCUCCAGGUAUCACUGUCGUUACCUACGUGGGCAUUGAAAUCUCCCAGAAGAACGAUGGGGUCCCCAGUUGGAGCACUUUCCAACACUCCCUCCAGAGACCCCAAGAAGGCCGGGUAAUCCACACUACCAUUUGGCAUGUAAGCACAAAUGACGGUGAGUGACCUAUCCCCCACCCGAAGGCGCAGGGAAGCGACCCUCUCGUCCACCGGGGAAAACUCCAACACAUGGCGACUAAGCUGGGGAGCUAUGAGCAAGCCCACACCAGCUCUCACUGCAGGCAACUCCAGAGUAGAAAAGGGUCCAGCCCCUCUCAAGGAGUUGGGUUCCAGAGCCCAGGCUGUGUGUGGAGGUGAGCGCGACUAUUUCUAACCCCUACUGCUCAACCUCCUGCACAAGCUCAGGCUCCUUUCCCCCCAGUGACGUGACAUUCCAUGUCCCAAUAGCCAGAUUGGUUAUCCAGGGAUUGGGUCGCCUAGGCUCCCGCCUUCGACUGCUGCCCAAUCCACUCUGCACUGGCCCCCUACGGUUCCUCCUGCGGAUGGUGGGUCCACUUGAGGACGGCCCCACGUCGCUCUUUCGUGCUGUGCCCGGCCGGGCCCCGUGGGAAUAGGCCCGGCCACCAGGCGCUCGCAUACGAGCCCCAACCCCGGGCCUGGCUCCAGGGUGGGGCCCCGGCUGCGCCAUACCGGGCGACGUCUCUGGCCUUGGUUGUUUGCCUUUCAUAGGGGGGUUGUGAACCACUCUUAGUCUGGCCCGUCGCCCAGGACCUGUUUGCCUUGGGAGACCCUACCAGGGGCAUUUAGCCCCCGACAACAUAGCUCCCGGGGUCAUUCGGGCACACAAACUCCUCCACCACGGUAAGGCGGCGGUUCAAGGAGGAGGCUGUAAGGUCAAUUAUGCUAAAUUCAAAAGUUAAUAAGAAAUGGUCAGAUAACAGAUGGUUUUGGGGAAGAACUAUUAAAUUAUCAAUUUCAACCCCAUAUGUCAUGACAAGAUCGAGGGUAUGGUUAAAACGAUGAGUGGGUUAAUUUACCUGCUGAGUAAAACCAAUGGUGUCUAUUAUUCAGUUGAAAACAGUGCUGAGACAGUUACUGUCAACAUCUACAUGAAUGUUAAAGUCUCCCACUACAAUGACUUUAUCUGUUCUAAGAACUAAGUCAGAUAAGAAUUCAGAGAAUUCAGUUAAGAAUAUGAAUAUGGAGCAGGACGAUGGUAAACAAUACAAAACACAACUGGCUUCUGAGUUUUAGAGUUUGGGUGAGAAAGGCUCAGAGUGAGGCUCUCAAAUGAGUUAUAACUAUGUUUAGGUUUAGCAGUAACUAAAAAAUCUGAGUUAUAAAUUGCUGCUACUCCUCCGCCUCUACCUGUACUUCUAGGAACAUGAUAGUUGAUGUGACUCAUUGGAGUCGACUCAAUUAAAGUAACAUAUUCAUCCUGCUGCAGCCAGGUUUCAGUGAGACAGAACAGAUCUUUGUGAUGGUCACUUAUGAAGUCAUUUAUUAACAAGGAUUUAGAUGAGAGAGAUCUGAUAUUUAAUAAACCACACUUUAUUAACUUACUGUUACUUUGUUCUGUAAGAGGAACUGUUUUGAUGUUUAUUAAAUUCUGGUAAGUCACUCCUCUUUGAUUUGUGUGUGACUUGUAUAGUUUAGGUGGUCGGGGAGCAGACACAGUCUCUAUGCGAUAACUAAGACUAAGAGUGGGUGGCGGCUGUAGAGAACAUGCAGAGAGGCGUGUAAGACUGCGACUCUGCGUCCUGGGCUCCACUCUGAGUUGUCACGGAAUGGGGAGCCUAAGCAACAUGGCCAUGUUACUAGAGAGCAGAGAGGCUCCGUUCAACGCGGGAUGGACUCCAUCUCUUCUAAUCAGCCCAGGUUUUCCCCAAAAAGUGCUCCAAUUAGCCACAAAGCCCACAUCGUUUGCAGGACACCACCUAGACAACCAGAGGUGCAGCGAUGACAGCCGGCUAUACGUGUCAUCGCUGGUCACAUUGGGGAGGGGUCCAGAGAAUACGGGAUUCGACAAACACACCGACUCAAUGUGAUGUGGACAUAGCUCAGUUCCUGUUGCAGAAUGGGGCAGGAUUCUCCUCAUACACCCUGAUGGACCAUCCUACGUUCAGCAAACAACUCCUCAGACUCAAAUUACAGGAAACAUCCAGCACAAAAGAAGAGACUGUUAGUGUGUGUUGGACUGGUCUACAACUGCCCUGGUUGGAGCUUGACUGGUUCAUGGACAUUUCUUCAAGGAUAACUCACCUGGAUUUGUCAUCCAAUAGCCUGGAUGCUCUGCCUUCUGUGGUGCCUUGGGGCCUCAUCCACCUGCAAACUCUGGAUCUGUCUAACAAUGUACUCAAAGAGCUGCCUUCUGCUCACAACUCCCAGGAAGUAAUCUGCAGCAGUUUACAGGAGGUAAACCUCUGUCAGAACCAGCUCACCAGUUUACCACUCGGACUCCUGCAUCUAAUCCACAUCCGGACACUUCACGCUGCCAAGAACCAGCUGAUAGUUCUGUUUGACGUCCCUACCACUAUGAACUGGAUUGGGCUUCGUAAGUUGGAGGUGCUGGAUGUUUCUGAUAACUGUCUGACCAGUCUGCCGGUAGCAGUCAUGCACUGUCUGAAAGCCCUGAGCAUAAUCAAUGUGUGCAGAAAUAAACUAAGCGCCUUCCCUGAAGCCUGGGCCUGUCCAUUGAAGCAGUGCAAAGCUUCUUUCAAUGUGGUUGAAAGUCUUCCAGACACCAUUUCUAUCUUCUGGAGGUCUCAGCUGCAGGAGGUGGACUUCUGUGAAAACAGACUGAAGCACCUGCCCUCGUACAUCUUUGAGCUGGAGGCUCUGAUCUCAUUGAAAGUGUGUGGAAAUCUUAUUGAGACACUACCGCCUCCAAGUAAGUGGAAGUGCUCUCAGCUCAGGACCCUUGAUCUCUCCAAGAACCAGCUGGGCAGAGCAGAGGAGGGUCACAAAACCAGCAGACUGGCCUUUCUGACAACAUGGAGCAAGAGGGAGCCAGACCCAGUAGCAGCGCAUGUAACUCAAGACCUGAAUGUGUUGACAAAGGCCCCUCCAGUGUGUCCUGUGGAGUUUCCUGUGAUUUUGCGGGAUUCCCUGGAGGUGCUUUUGUUGAACGACAACCAGCUGGAGUGUGUUCCCCGAUCGGUCUGCGGCCUGCACAGUCUCACAGAGCUUUACCUUUCCAAUAAUCCUGGAAUCAGGGAACUUCCAGUAGAGCUCGGUCGACUCUCCAACCUGUGGCAACUGGACAUAGAAGAUCUCAAUAUUACCAAUGUUCCUGAGGAUGUAAUAAAAGAAGGUCCUGCGUCUGUCCUUGCUUUCCUUAAGGCACAUCUUCGCAAGGCUGAACCUUGUAAACUGCUGAAGAUGCUGGUGAUCGGCCCCCCCAGGCAGGGCAAGACGUCCCUGCUAGAGGCCCUGCAGACUGGCCGGGCGUCCUCCUUCACCCCAGCGGAGGGCAGUGUCUCCACCUCUACCUGGGUCCUGGACAAGGCCAGUGGAACCAAAACCAACCCUUUGUUUCAUACACAGAAGGACUCGGUGGCGUUUAACGUGUGGGAGAUUGGUGGCCAGGCCAGCAUGUCCACGGUGAACCAAUGUUUCUUCACCGAUAAAGCUCUGUAUGUGGUGAUCUGGAACCUGGCUCUGGGAGAGGAGGCUGUGGCUAACCUUCAGACAUGGCUGCUCAACAUAGAGGCACGAGCUCCUAACUCGGCAGUGGUUGUUGUGGGAACACAUUUGGAUCUAAUCGACACCAAGUUCCGUACUGAGAGGUUGGCAACCCUCAGGGCUUAUAUUCUAGCUCUGUGCCGAUCUCCUUCAGGGACUCGAGCCAAGGGCUACCCCGACAUCACCGUUAAACACUUGCAUGAAGUGUCCUGUAAAACCCUGGAGGGUCUGGACUCGCUAAAGAAGCUGGUCUGUCAGGUGACGCUUUCCAUGAGGGACAACAGCAGCUCAGCUUUUGGCAGUAAAUUACUGGGCAGACUGAUUCCUAAGAGCUACCUGACGCUUCAGGAGGCAGUCAUUGCAGAGAAGUGCAGACGAGACCAUGAAGGAGACGUACAGUACCUGAGUGAUGUUCAGCUGGACGGCAUCAUCGAGCAGAACCCAGACAACGACAUCAGAGACUACGAAGACCUGCAGACUGCCAUCAGCUUCCUGAUAGAGACCGGAACGCUGCUGCACUUCCCUGACACCAGCCACGGCCUGUGUAGCCUCUACUUCCUCUGUCCUAUGUGGCUGUCAGAAUGCUUGGAGAGGAUUAUUCAUCUCAAGUCUUCUCGCUCUGUAGCGAGAAAUGGUUUGAUUCGAGCUGAAGAUCUUAGGAUGCUUUUGGUAGGAACUGGCUUCACCACACACACCGAGGAACAGUACUUCCAGUUCCUGGCGAAGUUUGAGAUCGCUUUGCCUGUGGCCAACAACAGUUAUCUGCUGCCCCACCUCCUUCCCCCCAAACCAGCCAUGGACAUUCACAGCAUUCGUCGGGACACCAACAACACCCUGCUCCGCAUUUUUAAGAUGAGCUUUGUUCCUGCUGGAUUUUGGGAGCGUUUUAUUGCUAGAAUGCUCAUCAGCCUCACAGAGAUGGACCUGCACUUAUUUGAACCAAAAAAGAACACUAGAAAUCAGCACAGCAGGAACUCUGUGAUCUACAGCUUUGCUGGAAUCCAGCCGAGGAACCGCUGCAGCACCUUCAGAGUUCGACGCAGCCAGACCAUCUACUGGAAGGAGGGGCUGUUGGUCACUUUUGAUGGAGGCUACCUCAGUGUGGAGUCGUCAGAUGUCAACUGGAAGAAGAAGAAGAGUGGAGGCAUCAAGAUCACCUGCCAGUCAGAGCUGAGAGACUUCUCUGCGAUGGCCUUCAUCACAGACCACGUCACCGCUCUGAUUGAGCAGUGGUUCCCUGCUUUGACAGCCACAGAGAGCGAUGGGAGUCUCCUCAUAGAGCAGUUUGCCCCGUGCUCUCUGUGUGCCUCGUUAAGUGAACAAGACCAGGUGAAUCUUUCCACCUGCCACUCUGAGCAGACAAGAGAAAAAGGAGAACUUGAAGGAGACUACCGAAGAGAAGGAGGGCUUCACUAUUUUAACAUGGAGGACUGUGUUCUCGCUGCAGUGGAGCAGGAUCACAUCAUUUGUCCUCAGCAUCCUGAGCAGCUGCUCCCCCUCCAGGAGCUGGUCCCUGAACUCUUUAUGACAGACUUCCCUUCACGGCUCUUUUUGGAGAAAACCCUACUGGAGUAUUCUGAGGAGAAGAACAGAAUCCUCGGCCAGGGCGGCAGUGGUACCGUCAUCUACCGAGCUCGCUAUUGUGACGAGCCUGUGGCCAUCAAACGCUUCUACAUUAAGAAGUGGCGUGAGGAGAGCAUCACCAGUGACACGGACACAAUGUUGAAACACCUGCAGUCUUCCAAUGCCCAGCGCAGCUUCUCUGAGUUCCGCCAAGAGGCCAGUAUUCUGCACUCCCUCCACCACCCCUGCAUCGUCUCACUAGUGGGCAUCAGCAUCCAUCCUCUAUGCUUUGCUUUAGAGUUAGCCCCCCUGGGCAGCCUCAACACUGUGCUGGAGGAGAAGCGCAAAGAGUCCAGAUUCAUGCCCCUUGGUCACAUGCUAACCUUCAAGGUAGCCUAUCAAGUCGCUUCAGGACUAGCUUAUCUUCACAGGAAGAACAUCAUAUUCUGUGACCUCAAAUCUGACAACAUCCUGGUGUGGUCCCUGGAGGUGCAGGAUUUAGUCAACAUUAAAUUGUCUGACUAUGGUAUUUCUCGACAAUCCUUCCAUGAGGGCGCGUUGGGGGUUGAAGGCACACCAGGCUACCAGGCUCCCGAGGUCCGACCAGGCGUUGUGUAUGAUGAGAAGGUGGACAUGUUCUCUUACGGUAUGGUGCUGUACGAGUUGCUCUCUGGCCAAAGACCAGUUCUGGGACAGCACCAACUUCAGAUAGCAAAGAAGCUCUCCAAAGGCAUCCGACCAGUUCUGGGCCGACCUGAAGGAAUACAGUUUCACUGCCUCCAGAACAUGAUGACUGCCUGCUGGGAUACCAAACCCGAAAAGAGGCCAAUUGCCAUGUUGUGUGUGAAGAAGAUGCAGCAGCCCAGCUUCCCCUGUCUCAGGUACAUCCUGUCCUGUGACAGUCACUCCCAGCUCUUCCUGACCCAGGUGCAAGGAUACACUUCCGUGUUUUGGAAUGGGGACAAGGACGAGAGGAACUACACCGUGGUGAACGUUGAAACGGGCCAGGUGGAGGUGAAGAGGAUGUCCUGUCCAGGCACCAGGAUCAGCUGCCAGAUGAAGCUGUCUACCACUCUGUGGGUGGCCACUGAGGAGCAGGAGGUUUCAAUCUACAGUCUGAAUGGCAUGUGUCCACUCGGCCAACCCCAGAGACGGUUCUCGUGUCCAGCCAUCAUCACCUGCCUGUUUCCUGUUCCAGCAAGAGAACAGAGCUUUGCAAGAAUGUUUGCAGGAAUGUUUGAUGGCUUGGUGGCCGUGUACAGCUUGCUGGAUGAUCUUCCUCUCGAAGGAGAAACAUACCUGUGCUCACACACACUUAACAGAACAGUGUUUGGUCUGAAGGACUCGGAUCCCAGGCAGAGGUCCUACCCAGUCAAAAGCAUGGCUUUGGUCAGCAGAGGCUCCCAGCUGUGGUUCUCUAACGGGUCAGGUGUGCUCGUCAUUGACACUCAAAGUCUUCUGGCAGUUCAAAGGUUAGAGGCCUACAGUCCACCGUCGUGCAUUGUAUCCAUGGCAACAAGCUUCAGUGUGUGGGGGGAGGAGGCUGUGUGGAUGCUGGACGACCACACCAACACCCUGUUGCUUUACCAUGCUGACUCCUAUGAGCUGUGUGCUAGGUACUGCUGCGGAGACAGCAAUCCUCUAAGAGAUGUCUUCAGUGUGCAGCAUCCUGGAAGGAGCGCCGGCCUUCAGACUAAGGGCCUUGUCGACAAGCUGGAGUGCACUAAUGAGGAGAUGACAAUGCUCUACAGUGAGGAUGCAGGCCUACAAAUCAUCCAGGAACAGGAUUCACUGACGGACUACUGCUCCCUGACGUCACACAGCUCUGUGGAGCCGCUGGGGUCAGACUCCUCCACAACAGAAGCCCGUCCAUCCAGUCCUACCAGUUUACAGAGUGACAGGGACCAGGCUCUGGAGCCACACCGAUGUGAAUCUAGCCCAAUACCUGACGUGGGCUCAGCAGAGACACCACAACUGCAAGCUUUCACUGUGCUGCCAGUCAAUGGAAGUCUGUGGAUCCCCAGGCGCGGAGGAGAUGUGCUCGUGGUUGAGAUGCAGUCACAUGACCGUCAGCUGAGGGGCCGUGUCACCGCCGUUCUCACGCCUCCAGACUGUGCAUCUCUGGGCAUCCUGAAGGAGGCAGCACUAGUGGCCAAGGACACCGUUGUAUGUGGCUUUCAGAAGGAAAACAUGGACUGGUGCCUGUGUGUCUGGAGGGGCUGGGGCUGCUGCGAACUGGAAGUCUUCUUCAAGUCCUAUGAGGAGCUGGGCCGCUUAGAGAACAACUUGAGGAAAAGAAGGUAGUUUUUGUGCCCCAAUGAUGGGGCACAGAAUCACAGCUCUGUAUGGAGGACAAGCCAAGGUGAAUACACACUGACAAACUACCAGUGUUCAGAGCAGAGGCUCUGGAAUGCUGACAUCAGGGCGACAGGAGGGGGAUGAGAGCUGUGCGCAGCUGUUGGGUCCUCUCUCUGUGGAUGUUACCCAGCAGCACAACGAAGCUUAGUUUCACCAAAGCUUCAGUGUUUAGUUCUGUGUAUUGGAGUCGAUGCUGUAGGAGGAGGCCGGGACAGUCACACCCUCGGUGUUUCUAGCUUUUCACUAUGCCAUGUGAAUGUGCUGCCAAGGAACUCACAUCUGCUCUUAUGCAACAGUCAUCAAACCUGCUGUUUGGAGGAGAACAAUGCUUCUAAUUUAAGUUUGAUUCGUCAAUAGUCUUAAAAAGAUAAUUGAGAGGCAUAAACGUCCUUUGAAAAAGACGUUCCUAUGUUUUACCAAAACCUCCUCCACAGAUCAUCAUAUUAAAUACAUUACUACUGUCAGUGAUAGGUCUCUGCAUGUUUCCUUUGAGUCAGUAGCUUGUCUGUAUUGCUUGGUGUAUUGAUGACAGCCCUCAGGCCAAAAGCAUUUAUUUAAACCAACAAGAGAUCAAGGCAUUGAGCUUUUAGGUGGUUUCUGACAUUAUCUACAGUGUGUGUGUUCCACUGGAUGUUUUGUUCAAUCUAAAGCAAUAUCUUAAAUUUAUUUACUAAUACCUUCUUCUAGGCCAGAGGGGACCUCGUUAGUUCUGCUUCCACUCUGGAGGAUAAGGCUCAGAGCAGCAGCGGCUUUAGAGCUCAUUCCCUUUGAAGCCAAGCAUCCCUGAAUUCUAUUUACAAGGUAGUUGAACGAAAGUAGUUGAUCGAACAGAGCAGUCUAAGCUUGUAGCCGUUUGUUUCUUAGCUCAGAUUUUGCCUAAUAACCUAAAAGACUUAACAAACAGAGUUACACAGGGUCUGACCAUCAAACAGCAACAUAAUAAUACAUGGAAGGUCAUAGAUCCUGUUUUGUCAGAUGGCACAUUGGAUCUGACAAGUGUUGCUCCAUGGUGAUGUUUGUUCAAUGUUCAAUUAAACCGUAACCACACAAUUUAUUACUGUCAUUAAA